AUGGGCCGCUCCCACGCUUCCAAGUUCUCCUUUCCCCUACCCGGGCGCCGGUCGCAGCCAAAAGAAACUCCACCCAGCCCCAGCCCAUUCCCAGCUGCAGCGCAGCCAUGGCCCUCGCACCUCGAAGAGCCCACGAGUAAAGCCCACCGCGUGCUGGGCACCUCGGAAUCACCCAGCACCUACCGCUCCUCCUCCCGUCACGCGCCCACCAUGCCUGCCAGCCCCGCAUACACCAACCCCACCCUCUCGUCCGAGUCCGGCUACCGUGACAACCACAGCUACGACUACGACUACGAUUACGACUACGACCAUGACGACAGCACCUGGGCAACGGUGACCGACCACGCCAGCCGGCCCGCCAUGUCGAAACGCCCGUCGUCAAACAUCCUGGGCAACGCCAGUAGGGGAACUACACGACGCGGCUCGGACAACAGCUCGGCCAGCUACCGCCUGCAGCCUCAGUCGUCAAACUCCACCAUGCGUUCGCACUACGACGCAAAGGCCUCGCCCCUCUCCAUCUCACAGCAAACCUCCAACUCGGCCGUCCGCGACAUGGCCCUGAGGAGAGGGAAGCCACAGGUAGUCACAGACAGCCGUGGCUAUGCCUACAGUGGCCAUGAAGCCAGUCCAGUAUCGCCCAUGAUGCAUGUCGGGAAACGAGAGCAUCGCAAGACCAAGCCUGCGCGGCUAGAUCUCUCCAAGUUGUUUCCCAAACCAAAGGGCGGAGACGGCCACAGCCACUCGAAUCAACUCCUCUCGCCGGCCAAGAUGGUGAACUCGCCAGCUGCCAUGUCGAUGAAUUCGGAAUAUUUCGCUCAGCCCAUGUCGAGAGAACCUACACCCGCACCAAAAGCGCGCGCAAAGAUAACGCAGCAUGCCACACGGCGGCACGCCGAGCACGCGUCCAUGCCGGCCUCUCCGAAACGACUGUUCAAGCGUGAUGACUACGACAACGCCAAAGUGAAUGUUCGUCGACCCCCAAAGGGUGUACAGCAUUGGUUUGAUGCGCUCGACGAGGAUAGCGAUGAAGCCCUGGAGGAAGCGAGAGCGCCGAUAUAUGCCCCCCAAGCACGGCAACCGAGCAACAGGACAAUGCCCUUCAUGCACAGGACCUCCUUUAGCGGCAUCUACCCAGAGACUGCAACCUCACGUCCUGCUCCACGGGCACAGAAGUCGGUUCCAGGUUUCAACGGCGACUCGUUCUCUCAUGAAGACAUGAUCGAUGUCCACGGGCUGACUUCACCAAGUCAAUUCUCAUUACAUACCCAAAACUCGACCAAGACGAAAGAGUCGACAUGGUCGAAACGCAACCUGCAAGACUCGAGCUGCCUGUCCUUCUCGUCGUCAGAAGACGAGUUCGACGAUGACCGGCAUGCCAUCCGUACCUUCGCCGUUCGGGAGAGCCUCAACAUGGACGACGAUGCUGGCGAGAUUGUCUUCGGACAAGCCCAAGCCUUCGAGGUGCGAUCGAACAGGAUGCCGUUCGAGCGCAAGAUGAGCAUCAUGUCGACAUCGACCAACGCAGCUACAAUCGACAUCAUGUACACGCCAGGACUCGUUUACCCGCCCAACCUUUCGAGGCUCAGCAGCUACAGUGGUAGUAGACGCUCUAGCCACUUGCGGCAGCCUUCUGUUAUACUCGAAGACGAAGAUGACCGCCCCAGAACGGCAGCACACGCGCCGCCUUCUUCGUCGGCAUACAGCACAUACAGCAUGCGGACUUCGGCUAGCGAACCUCAGCCCCGGUCACUAACGACGGAUUGCAAGAUGAUGUCCGUCACUCCUGAGGAAGAAGCUCUGUUGGAGUUGAUGCGAAAGAAGCGUGCCUCGAUGGCAAAGCAGAGCUCAGCAAGCAUGAGCAAGGCCUACAUUGAGCAGGAAGACGAGCGACGGAAAGCCAUCGAGUCGUUGCAGAAAACCGGUCAGACAUCAACCUUCGCAACAGAGACGCUGGUAGCCAGCCCUGUUCGAGUCGUAGAGAUGAAGUCGAAACGAAAGUCGUUGGCUGCAUCUUCGACCUCAUCGCUACACCUAACACCUCCGCCUCGUGGACGGCCCACCAAAACAACCCAUGACGCACACAUGUUCAGCAGCCUCCGCGACAGCUCAGUAAGCGACAACGAGAGUUUCAGCUUCCCUAUCGCCCGCGGUUCGCUCCCCCACCACAUCCCCGCACCUGACGCCUUGUCUCCUCUCGACCCCUUCCCACCUAUUUCACCCUCCCACACCGCAUGCCUGACUUCGCCAACCACUAUCGACCACGUCUCGCCCCUCCCGUCUCCAAUCACACCCGGUCUCCGUGUCGGCGAAAGCCACGACGUCGUCAAGAUCGCGAGCAGCGACACCAGUGCCGACAGUGAAGACAUCGCCACCCUCGAGACGGACCUCCCCGUCCACAUCAUCAAGGCCGCAAAGUCCGUCGAAGCCUUGGAGUCGAACCACCAGCGCCGCCGCACUGCCUCGAGCGAUGCAGACAUGUCGUUUCCUGUUCCUCCCAGCUUUGGUGCCAAGGAUCUUGUCCCCGUGUCUGAAGCGGGCAUCUCAUCGCGAGCUCCGAGCAUCGUCGAGCCCACCACACUUCCCGGGUUGCCAGAGCGGAGCUCAACAAGACAGAACGCGCUCAAGAGAGCGCUGGAGCAGAGGAGCAGACAGAGUAGUGUUGUGUCCAACGCAAGCUCGCGCUCCAACGCGUCAAGCAUGAACGUGUCAAGCUUGCUCACUGGGCGCGAGCGAUCCAGACGUGCUAGCCGGGGAAGCAGCGUGGCGAGUAUGACAAGGAGCAAGGGGAGGAACAGCGCCAGUGAUGAUGUGCUCGCUGCUUGGGGCUCCCUGGGUGGAACCUACUAA